UUAGAUGACACAUCUAAUAUAUUGAAUAUUCAAUAUAUUAUACAUGUAUGAUAAAUAGUACUAUUAAAUGCAAGUAUUUUUCAUGAGAUAUAAGAAGAUUGCUCUAACUAAAAUGUUUUUAUUCAUUAUAAAUAUUAUAGAUCCAGUAAAUAAUGCAUUAUCACCCGGUAUAUUCACAGAAUUACAGAUGUGGCGCAUGGAUCAAAUUGAGUUCGGAUGUAAAAACGGCAGCGACAGAGAGAGGAAGAGAAACAGAGAGAAGGUACAGGGGUGAAUCGCAUGCGCAUCCCUCGGAAUAGCGAGUCUCGGCCACCCCCGCCGAUUAUGGAUGUUUAGUAUCGACGUUGUUGCUAGUGUGUCGUUGCUCACUCUCUCUCUCUUUCAGAUUGCAAAUUACAAAUUUAUAAUUGCGUUACAGAGUGCAACAAAAAUAUCAGUGCCGUUUCGCGAGGGAUAAUGAGCGAAAUCGCGAGAUGGAUGCCGGGAUACAUCGCGGAAAUGCGAUUACGUGUCCGUCUCGCUACCACGACCCUACAUUAGCAUCCCUCGUCAUCAUUAAUCAUGGUCCUGCGUGAUCUACCAGGACACGAGCAACAUGCCGAGCCACGAUUAUUCAGGAAAGACGCGUGCACGUGUCGCGGUGAUAACGAUUACGACAUUGCUUCUGCUCACGCUGAAUAUCAAAUGUAUGGUUGCAGGUACUGCCGAGAGCUUGCAGCGGGGAUGCAAAUUAGAAGGCCUUCACCCUCUCCUUAUCGUUACCUAUAAAGAGAUUACCAUAUCUGUAGACAAGAUUACCGUACCUUACAACGAACGAAUCACGGUGAGAUGUCGAGAAGUAGGUAAAUAUAAGCUCAUCGGCGAUCCUCUGUUACACUGCCUCAAUGGUACAUGGAACGGGAAGAUACCUUAUUGCAUACCUACCACGGCCAUUUCUAAUUACAGUGAAAAUGUACCACCGACCAUCGUAUUCGGUCUACCAGCCGGUUCGGCCGCCGUAGAGCCAACUGGUGCCCUCGCCGUCUUCCCAGGAAGUAUUCUGCAUCUGGAAUGUCUCUUUGCGAGAAAAUUAGGCAAUCCUGAAUGGACAUGGACCCCGACUGUUCGCCGGUAUCUGACAGGAUGGGCAAUCGCUGCACGGGAAAGAGACUGGAAAUAUCGCCUCUCAAUAUAUUAUGCCAAGCAUCAGGAUUCCGGAGUAUAUACGUGUUCUACGCCCAAAGGAUUAUCCAAUUCUAUACGAGUUCGUGUCAUAGAUGUUCAAUGUUCGGUAUUGGCCGUUCCUGAACCACCGUUAAUUAGUCGUAUCGAAGGUAGCCGAAUAGGAGAUAGUGCAAUUUUUGAAUGUCCAAUGGGUUUUAGAUUAGAGGGUGCUUCCGGCAUUACAUGUCAAUACAACGGUAAAUGGUCGGCGAAUGUGCCACAUUGUGAAGAAAUCGAAUGUCCAGCGAUAGAUAUCACAGAUAACCCAUUAUUGAGUUUGAUUGAGCACAAUAACACUUAUGGUGGAGAAGUUGUUUUCACUUGUAUGUGGGGACAUAAGCUCUCUGGAUCGCAGAGUAUAAGAUGCGAAGGAAAUGGCAGAUGGAAUGGAUCUAUGCCAACUUGUCUUGAAAUUACUUGUCCAGUACCGGAAACGCCACGAAGUGGACGCAUCAUUGAGCAAACGCGAAUCUCUAACAAGAAACGAUAUCGCGCUCAAAUAUACAAAGUCGGUGCUUUAGUGAGAUUCGCUUGUCUACCGGGUCAUCAACUGAUAGGGGAAGGAUCCAUCAUAUGCACAGAAAACGGCACCUGGUCUCACCGUCCACCCGUAUGUAAAGUAAGGUGUCCUUAUCCAGGUGAUCCUCCUCACGGUCGAAUCGCGCCUCUCAAGUUUUGGUACAAACCAGGAGACAACAUACAGGUAACGUGUUCGCCUGGCUAUGUGACUCCCUUGGAACCAGUGAAGAAACCAUCAUGUCGAGAAAAUGGUAUUUGGAGCGCACCACCACCUCCCUGUCGAUCUUACAAAGAGGUGUGAAUGUGAAAAAAUUCGUUGGAGUACUCUUGUGAAUUUUAAGGGCUCUAUCGUGCUCUUUUUAUCUUUUAACAAGAAAGCACAUUUGAUAUUUAUUACGGGUAGCAGAUGCGUAUGGCUAAGAGAAACGUGAAAAAACAGUUGCUUUGUUUCGAACGAUAGACAUGCUAUAUAAAGUUAAUGAUCAUCUUAUCAGAUGAUAAAUAUAGUUGCAGUCAUACGAACCGACAAAUAAUCACGAAUAGAUCACUGAAAGGAAGCAUCUUGCGUUAAACGUAGGCCACAAAACGACCAGUAUUUUAUUUAUAAUUAUCUUCCAGAUAUACAACGAUUUUA